AAAAAAUAGUAGAAAUGAUGAGGAAUUAGUCGAAAUGGGGGGAAGCGAGAGAGAGAGAGAGAGAAACAGGAAGCCAAGAAAAAGGGGCACAUCAACAGACAAAGCAACCAAAAACAGAGAGGGAGAGAAAAAGGGCAAAAGAAGCUACACAGAUUACUCUCUUUUCUCUCUAGGGUUUGAUUUCCCCCAUCGUCGAGGGAUCAAAACCCUGGAGCUUCAGCUUACCCUUUAAUCAACGACCAUCCCUCUCCCUCUCUUCCCUAAUUCCCCACAUUUUCUCAUCUGGGCUUUCUUCAUUUCCCCGGAAUUCUUUCAGAAAUUGAAUUUUUCUUUUUUGAUUAAUUUUUUUUUCUUUUUACCAAUUUUGUGGGUUUUCUUUUGUUUCACACAUUCACGAAAGAAAAUGUCGUUGUUGUCAUGUUUGAAGGAGUAUGGGAUUGUGUGAGAAUUUUGUAAACUUAAUUGUGUAUUUGUGAUGCUCUCUCAUGGCUAUGGCUGAUCAGAGGAAGAAGGUCCACAUUAUUCUGGCCGUAAUUCUUGUGAGCAUUGCAAAUGUGGUUUUAGGAACUACAGAUCCUGGUGAUUUUAAAGUUUUGAAUGAUUUCAAAAACGGACUUGACAAUCCUCAGCUUCUGGGAUGGCCUUCCAAAGGGAAUAAUGAUCCCUGUGGACCUCCUAGUUGGAAACAUGUGGUUUGUCGUGGGGGAAGAAUCACACAAAUUCAGGUCCAGAAUAUGGGUUUGAGUGGGAUUUUGCCUCCGAGCUUGAACCAGUUGGUCAUGCUUGAGAAUGUUGGUUUGCAGAAGAACAAAUUCAGGGGAGCUUUGCCAAGUUUCUGUGGGUUGUCUGGGUUGCAAGAGGCUUACUUGGAUAACAAUGAUUUUGAUUCCAUCCCUUCAGAUUUCUUCAAUGGCCUUACUAGUGUUAGGACGUUGGCCUUGGAUCAGAAUCCAUUCAAUUCUAGUACUGGUUGGAGCAUCCCUCCUGAACUGCAGAACUCCACUCAGCUGGCUAACUUUUCUUGCUCAAGUUGCAAUUUAGUUGGAGAGUUGCCUGAUUUUUUGGGUAAUUUGGUGUCUUUGACUAGCUUGAAAUUAUCUUACAACAACUUGUCUGGAGAACUUCCUCCUAGUUUUGCUGGUUCAAACAUGCAGGUUCUUUGGUUGAACAACCAGUAUGGUGGUGGAUUGACUGGCCCAAUUGACGUGAUUGGAAACAUGACUUCUCUGUUGCAGGUAUGGCUGCAUGGUAACCAGUUUACCGGCGCAAUUCCGGAUAAUAUUGGGGAUUUAGCUUCAUUGAGACAGCUCAACUUGAAUGGAAAUCGCCUUGUUGGUUUGAUUCCUCAGAGCUUGGCCAACAUGAGUUUGGAUUUGUUAAAUCUGAAUAAUAACAUGCUUAUGGGUCCUAUCCCAAAGUUUCAAGCUGAGAAUGCGUCUUACAGCUCAAAUUCAUUUUGUCAAUCAGAUCCUGGUGAGCUUUGUGCUCCUGAAGUUAAUGCCCUUUUGGAUUUCCUUCAUGAUGUGAAUUAUCCAACUGCUCUUGCUUCUCAGUGGACUGGUAAUGAUCCUUGCAAAGGACCGUGGUUGGGAAUCUCUUGCAAUCCGAGAGGUCAGGUUUCUGUUAUUAAUUUGCAGAAGCUGAAUCUUAAUGGUACUCUUAGUCCUUCACUUGCCAAAUUAGGUUCAUUGCUUGAGAUUCAUUUAGCAGGAAAUAAUUUGCAUGGUCUAGUUCCUCCAGAUUUGACACAGUUGAAGACUUUGAGGUUGUUGGAUAUUAAAGGGAACAAUUUUGAUGCACCCCUGCCAAAUUUUGGUGAUGGGGUGAAGGUGAUUAGUGAUGGAAAUCCUGGAUUGGAACCUGGUGGUAAACCAAAACCUUCCCCACCAGUAGUGACUAGUCCAUCACUUCCUUCUUCACCUCCUUCAUCACCAAACAGUCCGAAACCACCAUCAGGCACUGAUGAUAAGCCACCACCAUCAGAUAAUGAGCCACCAUCAUCGGAUAAUAAACCUUCUCAUGCCAGUGAUUCAACUCCUAAGUCACCUAGUCUUAUCACAGGGCAUCAUCCUGAUGGAUGGAGUUUAAGUGUAGUGGUGGAAGUUACUGCAGGUUGUAUUCUUCUGUUUGUUGUAUCAGUUGUUCUGGUUCUCUGUUACCUCAAAAAGAAGAAGAAUGCCAAAAAGCUUCCUACUAGCAUAGUUGUUCAGCCAAAGGAUCCUUCUCAAUCAGAUGACAUGGUCAAGAUCGUUAUUGCGGAUCCUAUUGCUCAACAAAACACUGUAAGCAGUGCUGAUAGUAAGUUUAGUUCUGGAGGGCAAAGUGCUCAUGUUAUUGAGGAUGGACAGAUUCGAAUCUCAGUGCAGAUCCUACGUAAAGUGACCAAGGAUUUUUCUGAAGAGAUAGGUCGGGGAGGUUUUGGAGCUGUUUACAAAGGGGAGCUGGACGACGGGUUACCAAUAGCAGUGAAGAGAAUGGAGUCUGGAGUGAUAAGUAAUAAGGCAUUGGAUGAAUUCCAGGCAGAGAUUGAAGUCCUAUCUAAGGUCCGGCAUCGCAAUUUGGUCUCCCUUCUUGGAUUCUCUGUUGAAGGAAAUGAGAGGCUUUUAGUUUAUGAGUACAUGCCUCAAGGAGCUCUAAGCAGACAUCUAUUCCGCUGGAAGCAACUUGACCUACAGCCAUUAUCCUGGGCAAGAAGGCUGUCGAUUGCUCUUGAUGUUGCUAGAGGAGUGGAUUAUCUCCAUAAUUUGGCUCAUAGAAGUUUCAUUCAUCGUGAUCUCAAGUCUGCAAAUAUUCUCUUGGAUGAUAAUUACAGGGCUAAGGUGGCCGAUUUUGGAUUGGUGAAGCUUGCUCCUGACAAAGAGAGGUCUGUUGCAACUAAGCUUGCGGGAACAUUUGGAUACUUAGCUCCUGAAUAUGCAGUGACAGGGAAAAUCACAACUAAAGUUGAUGUCUUCAGCUUUGGUGUGGUGUUGGUGGAACUCUUGACAGGCUUGGUGGCACUUGAUGAACAAAGAUCAGAGGAAAAUCGAUACUUGGCCGAGUGGUUUUGGAAAGUAAAGGCAGAUAGAGAAAAGCUCAUUGCUUCCCUUGAUCCGGCGCUUGAUGCAAAAGAAGAUAUAUAUGAUAGCAUCUUUGCAGUAGCAGAUUUGGCUGGACAUUGCACAAAUAGGGAUCCAAAUAAUCGCCCUGACAUGGGAUAUGCUGUGGUUGUACUUUCAGCACUUGCUGAAACAUGGAAACCAACUGAAGGGACAGAAGAUGAAUAUGGCAUUGAUUACAGUUUACCUCUUCCUCAGAUGUUGAAGGGUUGGCAGGAAGAAGAAGCCGCCAAAGGUUUCACCGGUUCAAGUCAAGAUAGCCAGGGCAGUAUACCUUCUAAACCAGCUGGAUUUGCAGAUUCGUUAACUAGUAAUGAUGCACGAUAGCAAAGGUAGCUAUUGAGAUGCAAACCUAUUAUGCAUAUCUUGUAGCGGUGAUACUUUUUUCUUCUUUUUUCUUGGUUUUAUGGCCAUGUAGAUAUACAGAGAAAGCCAUUUUUACACAAUCUACUCUCAAUUUUCAGUAAUAUUAUCGUCAAAUCUUGAGUUUGAGUUAAUUGCAAUGUCACUGAGUUAUACAUGUUAUGAUUAAACGCUCUUGUUGAAUAUUCAUGUAUGUGUACAAAUGGCUGACAUUUGCUCGAGUUUGUCUUUCAUUCUUGGCGACACUGAAUGUACUAGCCAUGUUCAAUUUUUUGUUACUCUUCACAUGCAUAACUACCUCAC